AGCUAUGUGGGACCGCGGGUUGUGUUAGGGAAAUGGUCACUGUUGGGCGGUGUGAAAGUUGUGUAGUGAAAAGAACAUGCAGAUAAUGUAGCUCCCGCCGUCCCGAGAUCUGCAGCUCACUGACAGCAAGGGGCCCGAAUGCUGAAGUCACAGAUGGGUACAAGACAAACGUUACGUGUCCUGUAGUAAAGGAGAAAGCACAUAUUUGGCUUGCUUUCCAUCCCCUCCUUUGGGCUGCUUCAAAUCCCCAUGGUAAAAUGUCUGUAGACAUGAACAGUCAAGGAUCAGACAGCAAUGAGGACUAUGACCCUAACUGUGAGGACGAUGAGGAGGAGGAAGAUGAUGAUGAUCCAGGAGAUAUCGAGGAUUAUUACAUUGGGGUUGCAAAUGAUGUCGAGCAACAGGGGGCGGACUCGUUUGAUCCAGAGGAGUAUCAGUUUACCUGUCUCACCUAUAGAGAAUCAGAGAGUGCACUGAAUGAACAAAUGGCAAAUCUGUCCUCCAUGUUAAAGGUAACUCACUCUGUGGCUAAACUCAUAUUAGUUCAAUUUCAUUGGCAAGUCUCAGAGAUUUUAGAAAGACAUAAACUGAAUUCUGCGCAGUUGUUGGUAGAAGCAAGAGUUCAGCCUUUAUCAUCUAAACAUGUCAUGGCACAUUCCUCCCAUCACUGCGCUGUCUGUAUGCAGUUUGUACGCAAGGAGAAUCUACUGUCACUUGCCUGUCAGCACCAGUUUUGUCGCAGCUGUUGGGAGCAGUACUGCACAGUUCUAGUGAAAGACGGGGCUGGUGUAGGGAUUUCCUGCAUGGCACAGGAAUGCUUGCUCCGAACACCAGAGGAUUUUGUGUUUCCGUUGUUAACCAUCGAAGAAUUAAAGGACAAAUACAGACGUUAUCUCUUCAGGGAUUAUGUAGAGAGCCACUACCAGUUACAGCUCUGCCCAGGGGCAGAUUGCCCAAUGGUCAUACAGGUUCAGGAGCCGAAGGCUCGGCGAGUACAAUGCAACAGAUGCAGCGAGGUCUUCUGCUUUAGGUGUCGUCAGAUGUACCACGCUCCCACAGAUUGCGCCACCAUCCGGAAAUGGCUGAUAAAGUGUGCAGAUGACUCUGAAACUGCCAAUUACAUCAGUGCUCACACUAAAGAUUGUCCCAAGUGCAAUAUUUGUAUUGAAAAGAAUGGAGGAUGCAAUCACAUGCAAUGUUCAAAAUGCAAGCAUGACUUCUGCUGGAUGUGUCUGGGGGACUGGAAAACCCAUGGCAGCGAGUAUUAUGAAUGCAGUCGGUACAAAGAGAACCCAGAUAUUGUCAAUCAGAGCCAGCAGGCACAGGCCAGAGAGGCCCUGAAGAAAUACUUGUUCUACUUUGAAAGGUGGGAGAAUCACAAUAAAAGCCUGCAGCUAGAGGCACAGACGUACCAGCAGAUCCAAGAGAAGAUUCAGGAGAGAGUCAUGAACAAUCUCGGUACUUGGAUUGACUGGCAGUAUCUCCAGAAUGCUGCAAAGCUGCUAGCAAAGUGUCGGUACACUCUGCAGUACACAUAUCCCUAUGCUUACUACAUGGAAUCUGGUCCAAGGAAGAAGCUAUUUGAGUAUCAGCAGGCGCAGCUGGAGGCUGAAAUAGAAAACCUUUCUUGGAAGGUGGAACGAGCCGAUAGCUAUGAUAGAGGGGACUUGGAGAAUCAGAUGCAUAUAGCCGAGCAACGCCGGAGAACACUGCUAAAAGAUUUCCACGACACCUAAAAGGCGCUUUUUCUUUUUUUUUUCUUUUUUUUUCUUCGCCGCUUUGGCAACAUGAGCAUGUUGGUUGUGAUGGAGGACUAAUGCUGCAAGAUACAGACGCUCAGAGGAAUGUGAAGAGAAUACACCUUUCUUACAACCCUGCUCGCUCUUACGAAACAUGGUCCGUUUGUUUCUGUCCCCUUCUUUUCGUUUUUCCCACCCCCUCCUUCCCUCCCAUCGCAGCCACUAACCCAGGGAUAUCAAAUUAGCAGCCUAUCAGCUGGUGGAGGCUUUGAGCUUGGUGCUAAGUUUGCAUCACCUAAAAGGCCAAGCAUUUCCCAUUCUUGUACUAACACUCUGCCACAUUAACUGCCAUAAGACGGUAUCCCAUUUCAGAACACCUCUUGAUCCCUUCCUCUUCUGUUUAACAUCCUCACCCUCUCUGCUGCUGGCGGGAGCCUGUAACUCAUGCUUUUGUUUUGCUCCUUUUGCAGAGGAAGGGUUAAUACUUCUCAUUUUUGUUUUGGUUUAUGCCCCUCCCUUUUUUCUUUUUACGUUCCAGAAGGCAAUUUUUGGAAAAGUAGUUCAAUUUUUUGAAUGGCUGUUAAUAGACUUAGAUUAUUAUGCAAACUGUCAUUUUGAACUGUUGUACAAUUAUACAGGAAAAAAUAGAGUUACAAAAAAAAAAGAAAAAAAAACACUUUUUAAAA